AUGGACCUGGAGUUCAACAAUUCGGUACAGAUUGAGCAAAUUCCAGGAGCUGAUGUGGUCGUGGAGACAUUGACCAACUACCACCCAUGUCCCUGCAACUCAAGGGCCAACCAACACCCAUGUGGCCACGACUCAUGGGCCAACCACCACACAUGUUCCUGCAACUCAAGAGCCAACUUCCACCCAUGUCCCUGCAACUCAAGUGCCAACUACCACCCAUGUGCCCACGACUCAUGGGCCAACCCCUACUCAUGGGCCAACCACCACCCAUGUCCUUGCAACUCAAGGGGCAACUCCCACCCAUGUCCCUGCAACUCAAGGGCCAACCACCACCCAUGUGCCCACGACUCAUGGGCCAACCCCUACUCAUGGGCCAACCACCACCCAUGUCCUUGCAACUCAAGGGGCAACUCCCACCCAUGUCCCUGCAACUCAAGGACCAAUAACCACACAUGUCCCUACAACUCAAGGGCCAACCACUGCUCAUGGGGCAACCACCACACAUGUUCCUGCAACUCAAGGACCAACCACCACACAUGUGCAGAUGACUCAUGGGCCAACCCCUAUUCAAGGGCCAACCACCACCCAUGUCCCUGCAACUCAAGGGCCAACAACCACCCAUGUGACCACGACUCAUGGGCCAACCCCUACUCAUGGGCCAACCACCACCCAUGUCCCUGCAACUCAAGGGCAAACUCCCACCCAUGUUCCUGCAACUCAAGGGCCAACCACCACCCAUGUGACCACGACUCAUGGGCCAACCCCUACUCAUGGGCCAACCACCACCCAUGUCCCUGCAACUCAAGGGCCAACCCCCACCCAUGUGCCCACGACUCAUGGCCCAACCACCACCCAUGUCCCUGCAACUCAAGGGCAAACCACCAUCCAUGUGACCACGACUCAUGGGCCAACCCCUACUCAUGGGCCAACCACCACCCAUGUCCUUGCAACUCAAGGGGCAACUCCCACCCAUGUCCCUGCAACUCAAGGGGCAACCACCACCCAUGUCCCUACAACUCAAGGCCCAACCACUGCUCAUGGGGCAACCACCACACAUCUUCCUGCAGCUCAAGGACCAACUACCACCCAUGUGCCCAUGACUCAUGGGCCAACCAGCACCAAUGUCCCUGCAACUCAAGGACCAAUAACCACACAUGUCCCUACAACUCAAGGGACAACCACUGCUCAUGGGGCAACAACCACACAUGUCCCUGCAACUCAAGGACCAACCACCACACAUGUGCAGACGACUCAUGGGCCAACCCCUAUUCAAGGGCCAACCACCACCCAUGUCCCUGCAACUCAAGGGCCAACCACCACCCAUGUGACCACGACUCAUGGGCCAACCCCUACUCAUGGGCCAACCACCACCCACGUCCCUGCAACUCAAGGGCCAACUCCCACCCAUGUCCCUGCAACUCAAGGGCCAACCCCCACCCAUGUGCCCACGACUCAUGGCCCAACCACCACCCAUGUCCCUGCAACUCAUGGGCCAACCCCUAUUCAAGGGCCAACGAUUCAUGGCCCAACCACCACCCAUGUACCUGCAACUCAAGGGCCAACUCCCACCCAUGUCCCUGCAACUCAAGGGCCAACCCCCACCCAUGUGCCCACGACUCAUGGCCCAACCACCACCCAUGUCCCUGCAACUCAAGGGCCAACUCCCACCCAUGUCCCUGCAACUCAAGGGCCAACCCCCACCCAUGUGCCCACGACUCAUGGCCCAACCACCACCCAUGUCCCUGCAACUCAAGGGCCAACCACCACCCAUGUGGCCACGAUUCAUGGGCCAACCCCUACUCAUGGGCCAACCACCACCCAUGUCCCUGCAACUCAAGGGCAAACUCCCACCCAUGUCCCUGCAACUCAAGGGCCAACCACCACCCAUGUCCCUACAACUCAAGGCCCAACCACUGCUCAUGGGGCAACCACCACACAUCUUCCUGCAGCUCAAGGACCAACUACCACCCAUGUGACCACGACUCAUGGGCCAACCCCUACUCAUGGGCCAACCACCACCCAUGUCCCUGCAACUCAAGGGCCAACUCCCACCCAUGUCCCUGCAACUCAAGGGCCAACCCCCACCCAUGUGCCCACGACUCAUGGCCCAACCACCACCCAUGUCCCUGCAACUCAAGGGCCAACUCCCACCCAUGUCCCUGCAACUCAAGGGCCAACCACCACCCAUGUGACCACGACUCAUGGGCCAACCCCUACUCAUGGGCCAACCACCACCCAUGUCCCUGCAACUCAAGGGCCAACCCCCACCCAUGUGCCCACGACUCAUGGCCCAACCACCACCCAUGUCCCUGCAACUCAAGGGCAAACCACCAUCCAUGUGACCACGACUCAUGGGCCAACCCCUACUCAUGGGCCAACCACCACCCAUGUCCUUGCAACUCAAGGGGCAACUCCCACCCAUGUCCCUGCAACUCAAGGGGCAACCACCACCCAUGUCCCUACAACUCAAGGCCCAACCACUGCUCAUGGGGCAACCACCACACAUCUUCCUGCAGCUCAAGGACCAACUACCACCCAUGUGCCCAUGACUCAUGGGCCAACCAGCACCAAUGUCCCUGCAACUCAAGGACCAAUAACCACACAUGUCCCUACAACUCAAGGGACAACCACUGCUCAUGGGGCAACAACCACACAUGUCCCUGCAACUCAAGGACCAACCACCACACAUGUGCAGACGACUCAUGGGCCAACCCCUAUUCAAGGGCCAACCACCACCCAUGUCCCUGCAACUCAAGGGCCAACCACCACCCAUGUGACCACGACUCAUGGGCCAACCCCUACUCAUGGGCCAACCACCACCCAUGUCCCUGCAACUCAAGGGCCAACUCCCACCCAUGUCCCUGCAACUCAAGGGCCAACCCCCACCCAUGUGCCCACGACUCAUGGCCCAACCACCACCCAUGUCCCUGCAACUCAUGGGCCAACCCCUAUUCAAGGGCCAACGAUUCAUGGCCCAACCACCACCCAUGUACCUGCAACUCAAGGGCCAACUCCCACCCAUGUCCCUGCAACUCAAGGGCCAACCCCCACCCAUGUGCCCACGACUCAUGGCCCAACCACCACCCAUGUCCCUGCAACUCAAGGGCCAACUCCCACCCAUGUCCCUGCAACUCAAGGGCCAACCCCCACCCAUGUGCCCACGACUCAUGGCCCAACCACCACCCAUGUCCCUGCAACUCAAGGGCCAACCACCACCCAUGUGGCCACGAUUCAUGGGCCAACCCCUACUCAUGGGCCAACCACCACCCAUGUCCCUGCAACUCAAGGGCAAACUCCCACCCAUGUCCCUGCAACUCAAGGGCCAACCACCACCCAUGUCCCUACAACUCAAGGCCCAACCACUGCUCAUGGGGCAACCACCACACAUCUUCCUGCAGCUCAAGGACCAACUACCACCCAUGUGACCACGACUCAUGGGCCAACCCCUACUCAUGGGCCAACCACCACCCAUGUCCCUGCAACUCAAGGGCCAACUCCCACCCAUGUCCCUGCAACUCAAGGGCCAACCCCCACCCAUGUGCCCACGACUCAUGGCCCAACCACCACCCAUGUCCCUGCAACUCAAGGGCCAACUCCCACCCAUGUCCCUGCAACUCAAGGGCCAACCCCCACCCAUGUGCCCACGACUCAUGGCCCAACCACCACCCAUGUCCCUGCAACUCAAGGGCCAACCACCACCCAUGUGGCCACGAUUCAUGGGCCAACCCCUACUCAUGGGCUAACCACCACUCAUGUUCCUACAACUCGGGGACCAACCACCACCCAUGUCCCUGCAACUCAAGGGGCAACUCCCACCAAUGUCCCUGCAACUCAAGGGCCCACCACCACCCAUGUCCCUGCAAAUCAAGGGCCAACUACCACCCAUGUGCCCACGACUCAUGGACCAACCCCUCCUCAUGGGCCAAACACCACCCUUGUCCCUGCAACUCAACGGCCAACCGCUCCAAAUCCAACAACUCCAGUCGCAGUCCCCACAUCUCCACCACCAGUUGUUGUCCUGUCAGCAACUUUAGAGGAACCGUUUGUGGAAGAAUUCAAUGAUGUCAACAGUGAGCAAUACAAAGCUCUUGAAAUUCGAGUUGUCACGUCGUGCGAUGCCAUCUACAGGCAGAGAUUCGGGUUUAUCUUCAUCCAGACUUUCAUUAUUCGGAUUUU